AUGCAAAAGAAUAAAUAUGAAAAGGAAGAAGAGGAGAAGCUUAGGGUUUCAAUCAUAGAUGAAGAAGACAUGAAGCGAGGGAUUGAAAAAUUUAGGAAGCUUGGGAUUUCAAUCGAAGAAGAAGUGCUAGCAAGGAAGCUUGGGGUUUCAAUCAAAGAAGAACAAGAAGAAAAAGCGAAAGGGAAAGACGAACGGAAUCUUGAAAGGUGCGAUAUGAACAAGGAUUCCAUCACUUUUAAAAAAGAAAGAAUUUCUACUACAUAUAGCCGAUUAUUGGGGUAA